UAGUUUGGUGCCUAAUAGUACAAGACAACUUCCGGGUCCACGUUUCCGUUUCCGAAAAUUGUGAAUUCAGAUAGAUCUGCCAUCGAGGACACCACAAUGGCUACAGGAGCCGAUCAGGUUGCAGGGAUGGGAAUGGUUGGCCUUGCAGGCUUCAUCUUCUCCUACUACACACUGUGGGUCAUAGUGUUGCCCUUUGUAGAGCCAGAUCAGUGGCUUCACCAGUUCUUCCCAGACAGAUUCUACGCCAUCGCUGUUCCUCUCAUUGCUGGAGUACUGGCCUUAGUUUUGAUUGGUUUAUUUAUGGUGAUCGUAACAAUAAAGAAGAAUGCCAAGAAAGUCAAGAAAAGUUGAUCCUAUAAUAUUGUUUUGUAAUAAAAGUUCUUGUUAUGCCA